ACAUGAGAACCACUGAUGAAUCGUGUUUUUAUAUUAUGUGUGACAUGUAUCACAUUAAUAAACAGAAUUUAACUCUGCAAAUAAUUAAAAAUAGUUUUUUACAGUAAUUUGUACCUUAAUAUUGUUCAUUGAACAAAAAGUUCUACAAAAAUGCCGAAAGGAAAAACAAAGAAAUUUAUCGAUAAGAAAAAUUCAGUCACAUUUCAUUUAGUUCAUCGAUCACAAAGAGAUCCGUUAAUUGCUGAUGAAACAGCGCCGCAACGUGUUCUUGUACCUGUUGGAAAUGCACAAGCUGCUAAAGUCGAGAAAAAGAAAUUGGAUGAAGAUAAACGCAGAAAAGAACAGCAAAAAUAUGGCAUAUAUUUUGAUGAUGAUUAUGAUUAUUUACAACAUCUUAAAGAUGUCAAUUCUUUAACAGCUGAAUGGGAACGUGUAGAUAAUACAACCUCUUCAAAGACAAAUGAUAAUAAAGAUGCUCCAAAAAUUAAUCUACCAUCUUCUGUAUUUGCAUCAAAUGUAGAAGAAAAAGUUGGACUGCUUAACAGAGCAGCUCCAGUUUCUGGAUUACAAUUAGACUUAGAUCCAGAUGUAGUUGCAGCUAUGGAUGAUGAUUUUAAUUAUGAAGAUCCAGAAAAUCAAUUAGAAGACAAUUUUAUAGAAUUGGCUAAUGUUAGCAGCAGCGAUGGUGAAUUUCCACAAGAUCAAGAUGAUGGUCAAGCAUCUGACUUUUCAUCAGAAGGACAUAUGGAAUUAUCUGAUGAGGAACAAGAUGAAGUACAUAGUUUAAAUGGCCCUCAGUAUACUUUUAAAGAAGAAGAAACAAAAUCACGUUUUACAGAAUAUUCAAUGAGUAGCAGUGUAAUGAGAAGAAAUGAACAGUUAACACUUCUAGAUGAUAAGUUUGAAAAAUUGUAUGCAGCAUAUGAUGAUACUGAAAUUGGUGCUUUAGAUUGUGAUGAAAUUGAAGGAUAUAUAGCACCAGAUUCAGAAUUAGUUUUUCAGUGUGCAGCAGAAUUUGAACAACAGCAAACUGAGGAUGCUGAUAAUGUUGCAAAACUUAUGAAAGACAAAAUGAAAAUUUUGGAAAAAGAAUACUCUAGUUCUGAGGAUGAAAACAGCCUAGAAGAACUUGUUGUUGAUGCAAGAGAAAGAGAGAAGUGGGACUGUGAGAGUAUUAUUAGUACAUACAGCAAUAUUUAUAACCAUCCAAAGUUAAUUUCUGAACCAAAACCACAAAAGAUUAAAGUCGAUCCAAAAACCGGUAUUCCAAGAAACGUGUUAGAUUGUUCUGAAAAAUUAACUGCUAAAAGCUUAGCUCAGUUUGAUCAACAAAAUGAAAAUAAUAAACCAAAGGGACCUCAAUCCAUUGCAGAAACUAUGAGAUCAACUUUAAGUACAUUAAGUAUAAGACCAAAAAAUGAAACUCCUGAAGAAAGAAAGCAAAGAAAAAGAGCACUGAAAGAAUAUAGAAAAGAAAGACGAGAAGAAAGAAAAGCAAAUACUGAAGCAUUUAAAGAGGAAAAGAAACGUCAAGAAAAAAUUUUAUUAAAUAAUAAACAAAACGUACAAGGAAAUCGAAUACUUUAAUACAUUUGUAUUCGUUUUGUAAACAAACUAAUUCGUAUUACAUUGUA